AUGAAGAAAUCAUUCAAAGAAGAAGCAAUGCCUCUUAUUUUUUAUUAAUAAGAAACUCAAAGUAAAUAUUUGCUAAAUCACAACAGCUUAUCAAGUAAACCCUGAUGCGAUUGAAAUAAUAAAAAAUAUUCCAUCACCUAUAGGAAUUGUUGGAGUCGCAGGUAUGUAUAGAACUGGAAAAUCAUAUCUCCUCAAUAGAAUGCUGCUUAAUAGAUCUGAUGGUUUUGGUGUUGGUCCAACAGUACUACCAUGUACUAAAGGACUUUGGAUGUGGGGCAAACCAUUAUUAGGUUAAACAAUUGAUGGAGAAAGUUGCUCAAUCUUAGUUGUAGAUAGUGAAGGACUUGGUGCUCCAGAUGAAGACUCUACACAUGAUAUUAGAAUCUUCUCUUUAACUAUUCUAUUGACAUCAUGUUUCAUCUACAAUUCUGUUGGCAGUAUUGAUGAAAAUGCCCUCCAAAAUCUUAGUCUUGUAGUUAAUCUCACUAAAAAUAUUUAAUUAAAGAGGUAAAAUAAUAAUUUAUUAAUUUUAGUGGGUAAUCCCUUCAAGAUCUUGAAGAUUUGUCAUAAUACUUUCCAUAAUUUUAUUGGGUUGUCAGAGAUUUUACUCUUCAAUUAAUGGAUAAGAAUAGUGAAUAAAUCACAUCAAAGGAUUAUUUAGAAAAUGCACUUCUUGUAUAGAAGGGAUCAUCAGAUGGAAUUGAUUAAAAGAAUAAAAUUAGAAGAUUGUUGACAACAUUUUUUAAAGAUAGAGAUUGUAUUACAUUAGUAAGACCUUUGACAGAAGAAAGCAGUCUUUAAAAUCUAGAGAAUUUAGAUUUUGAUAAAUUAAGACCUGAAUUUUUUGAAUAGGUUAUCAAUCUAAGAAAAAAAAUACUCAAUAGAAUCAGACCAAAGAUGUUGAAUGGAAAGACCCUUUCAGGUUAAAUGUAUUGUGAUUUAAUUCGUUCUUAUGUUACAGCCAUUAAUAAUGGUGCUGUACCUGCUAUUGAAUCUGCUUGGACUUAUAUUUGCAAAAAUGAAUGUUAAAAAGCAGUUGCUGAAGCAUUUGAUACUUAUGAGUAAAUUCUUAAAGAAAAUCUUCACAAUAGAUUCCCUAUUUCUAAUGAAGAUUUAAAAGCCUUUAAUAAAAGUCUAAAGGAAUAGGCAUUUGCUUUAUUUAAAAAGAAAUGUGUUGGGGAUGCUGAUGAAUAUAAAUUAGAAUUAUCAAGAAGAAUUAAAUAAAGAUUUGCUGUAGUGAAAUAAGAAAAUGAUAGAGAAGGUUCAAGAAUGUGUUCUUAAUUUAUUUAAUAAGAAUUCUAACCUAUCGAUAGAAAACUUAAGCUAGGAGAAUAUAAAACUUUUGGGGAAUAUGAGAAAGAUAUUAAAAUGUUUUACAACUUUUUUAUUGAAAAUGGACCUCGAGUAGGAACAAGAAAUUAAAUCAUUUUAGAAUUUCUAUAAAGAGCAUUAAUUGAAGGAUCCAAUCUCUUUAUUAGAUAAUAUGCUCAAGAAACAGAUAUGAUGAAGAAUGUUGCUUCUGAGACCCAAAAAAAAUUAGAAUAAGAAUUGAAAGAAGUCAGAUAGGAUAGUUUGAAAGAUAAAAAUAAUUUGUUGAUGAAAUUGGCAUAAGUAGAAAGUGAAAAAAGUGAAAUAGAAUUAAAGGAGUAAGUUGCCAGAGAUAACUUAGAAGAACUUAAAAUAUAAAAGGAUUAAGUGGAAAGGGAUUUAAAAUUAGAAUCUGAAAAUGAAAAGAUUGAAUUAACUAGAUAAAUUUAAGAAUUAAAGGGAUAGGUUAUAAAAGCAGAAGAAUUCAAUAAGGAUAUGGAAAGAAAUACUCUUUUUGGAAACUCUGAGUUUGAGAAAGAAAGAGCUCUAUUGGAAUAAAAAAUUACUUUCUUUGAGAAAUUAGUCAAUGAAAUGAAUGCAAAAGAAGUUGAAUAUUAAAAUGAAAUUAAAAAUCUCAGAAAAGAACAUAGUUUAUAAUCAAAGGAUUAAUAAACAAAAUCUGAUUAAAUGGUUAGAUAAUUAUAAUAGAAACUAAGUGAUUUAUAGGAGAAAUUGAAUGAGAUGGAAAAUGAAUUAAUUGAAAAGGAAUCUAAUUUUGAAAAUGAUUUCAAAAAGUUUGAACAUAAAGAAAGAAGUUUAACCAAGUAAAAUUUCGAAUUGAAUGAAUAAAUAUAAGGAUUAACAAGAGAACUUAGAGAAUAUAGAAGAAAUGAGGAAUAAAUGUAAUAAAUGUUAAAGAAUGAUGCUAAUAAUUAAGUUAAUGAAUUAUUAGAAAAGGUUCAAGGAUUAGAAGAUCUAAUAAAAGCUAAGGAUGAUUAAUUGAAAUAAACAAAAAGUCAUAGUGAAAAAGAUAAGGCUUUAAUGUAAUAAAAGAUGGAAUUUAUGGAAGUUUAAUUGGAUGAAUACAAAAAAUAAAUUGAAGAAAAUAAAAAAUCACAUGAAGCAAUUAUGAAGGCUUUUGAGAAUUCAAGUAAUGAAUCAACUUAUAAGGUUGAUGCUGCAAAAAUAAAUGAUUUAAGAGAACAACAUAAAAAAGAUCUUAAAAAUAUAGAAAAUGAAUAUGAAAAUGUUAAGAAAAGAUUAUAAUAAUAAGUAGAUUAAUUAAAUGAGAGAAAUAGUGAAUUGGAAUUAAAGGUUAAGUUUGAAACUGGAGAUCUAAUUAAAGAAAUAGAGAAUCUUAAAGAAUAACUCUAAACCACAGAAGAACACAGAAAUAAAUUACUUGAAUAAAACAAAACUUUAGAUGGAUAGAAAUUAUCAAUAUUAAAAGAAUAAGAGUUAAGAUAUUAAAAGAAGAUUAAAUCAUUGGAAUAAGCAAUGGAUGAAGCAGAUACAAAAACAGCAAGAGAAGUUAACUAAGCUCAAGCGAAAGCAGAGGAAUCUUUGACAUAAUUGAAAAACUUCUAUGAAAUUGAAAGAGAAAGAUUAGAAAGAAGAAUAUGUGAAGAAAAAGAAAAAAGUGAAAAGAAAUUUUAAGCAGCUUAAGAAGAAUUCUAUCAUAAACUGAGAGAAACUGAAUAAAAUUAUGAAGAAGAAAUUGAAACUCUAAAGGAUGAUUUAAGAGAUUAAGUGUAAUAAUAUACAAAUACAAUUUAAUAAUAUGAUCAUGAAAUAGCUUUAAAAUAAUAAACUAUUGAAAUUUUUGAAAAACAUAUUAAAGAAACAAAAGAAUAAUUAAUAUCACUUUAGAAUAAUAAUAAUGCAACAUUAGAAUAAUAAAUGAAUUCUUUUACUACAGAAAGAAAGAGUUUAAUUUCUAAGAUUGAUGUUCUAUCAAGUUAAUUAAAUAAUCUUUAGAAGGAAUAUAUGGCAUUAUAAUAAAAAAAAGAUCUAUUAGAAAAUGAGAAAACAAGGAAAGAAUAAUAAUUUGAAUAAACAAGAAAAGAAUGGUAAGAAGAAAAGAGAGAAUUGAUAGAUAGAUUUGAAGAAACUAAAUCAAGACUUUAAAAAAUGAAUGAUGAAUUUUUAGAGAAAAAAAUUGAAUAUGGUAGAGAAACAGCAUUAAUUUAAUAAUAAAAUGAAUUUUUAUAGAAGAAGAUAGAAGAUUUAUAAAAAUAAAUAGAUACUUAGUAAUCAAGGUUUGAUGAGAAAAUUAAAUAAUAAAAGAAUGAAUAUUCUGUUGAAUUAGAAUAAAAAUUAGAAAGAGCAUAAGAAGAUAAAACAAUAAUUGAAACUAAAUAUGAGAAGAUUAAGAAAUAAUUGAAAGAAAGUGAAUAUCAAUAUAAUAAAUAAGCAUCAACAUUAGAAAGAGAGAAAGCAAUUCUUACUGAAAAGUUAGGACAUUUAGAAUAAAGAAAGAAUGAAUUAGAAUCAAAAAUAAAGGAUGAAUCUGUUAGUGUUGCUUAAUAAUAGGCAUCCUUAAGAGAAUAAAUAGCUGCAGAGAAGAAAUCAUUAUAAUAAGAAUUAGAAAAAUAUAGAUAACUUAAUCUUUAAUUGGAAUAAGAUAAGAGUGAAAUUCAUACUAGUUAUGAAAGAGAUAAAGCUUUGUGGGAAGGCAAAUUUUAAUUUUUAGAAUAAUAAAAGGAAUAGGCAAAAUAAGAUUUAGUGGAUGCAUUAAAAAAAUUUGAGAUGACUUUAAUGCAUUUAUAAAGGGCUAGAUCAAAUGAAAAAGAUGAAUAAGAAAAUAAUUUAAAUGAAUUGUUAUUAAGUGUUGAAAGAAAAUAUUAAUCAUAAAUAGAAGAAGCUAAUUAAACUCAUUAAAGAAUAGUUUAAGAUUAUGAAGAUAAAAUUAGAAGAUUAUAGAAAGAGGUUAAAACACAUAAAGAUAAAAUUUUAAUUGAUUAACAUGGAAAAAUUGGUAAUCAAUUAUUAUCAGAAAAAAAGUUUGCUGAAAUGUUAGAUAAUGAAAAGAGAUUAUAAUAAGAAAUUGAAAAUAUUAAGUAAGAUAGAGAUUAUAAGAUCUUUGAAUAUUAAAGAAUGUUAGAAUAAGAAAGGGAAAACUUAAAAGCUAAAAUAGUUGAAUUAGAAACAAAAUAUAAAGAGGUUGAAAGUAAAAGGUCUACUCUUAUUUUUGAAUUUGAAAAAGAAAGAGCUAAAUGGAAUUUGGAUAGAGAUCAUUUAAAUAAUAUUAAAAAUGAAUUAUCAGAUUAAUUAGAAAAAAUAGGAGACAAAAAAGAAUAAUUAUUAAGAGAAAAUGAAAAGUUAAAAAAUGAAUAAAGAGCUACUAGAAGAAGUGUUGCUGCCCAUAAUAUGACAAGUAAUAAUAUAAAGACAGGAAGUACAUACAGAAAUCCAAUCAAUAAUAUAUCAAGUAUUUAAUCUUUUUAUAAUUUAAGCUAUUGGACUAUAAAAAUUAAGUCCAACUCAUUCUAAUAACACUUCUACUUCUUCAGCCAAUAUAUCAGUCUUAAGAAAAAAUAAUUUAGCUGAUAUAACAAAUUAUGAAAAGACUGCUCCUUUGACAUAACAAUCAUUUCAAAAUAGUAAAUAUUACUUUUAUGGAAAUUAAUAAGGACAGAAUGAUGAUUCAAUGAUUGGAUAGAGUGAUUUUCAAAAAUGA